CCUCUUCGUUCGCUGUUGAUAAUCAAGACUGAUAUUCAAUAAUGGCGUCCACGCCGGCAGCGCUUCAGUCGCCAACGGGAGGCAGCGCGCCGCCAACCAGAACAGUGCCGCCGCUCGCAGCAGACAAGCCUCGCCUCCGUAACCAAAACGUGCUAAGCAUAAACAAUUAUUAAAAAUAUUUUCAAUUUUAUAUCUUCAAAUAUCUUCUAUGUGCAUUAUGGAAUUCAGAGACUUAAAUUGAUACCUUAAAAAAUUAGUGUUUGAUUUGGUGAUAAGAGUAAAAAAAUUCGCACGUAUUUCUGGAUUUGGUCGUAUUGGAUGUGCAAACAGUCACAGCAAAGCCCCGAAAUAAAGCGGUAGCGGGCGCGAUUUUUAUGCGGCUGAUAACGGAACGCAUGACUUAAUAGCGGGCGCGAAGAUAGAACGCGAGAUAUGCGUCGGUGGGACUGAUAAGAAAUAAAAAAGCGCGCGACGGCGGUUUUCGGGCGCUAAACGCCGUCUGGUCCGGUCGACGUCGUCAGCUACCGCCAGAAAACCAUGAAUGAAUAAUAAAUAAACUGAACGCAAAUUUUGUAUUGAGUGUGAAUAAGUGCAACAAAAGUGAAGUGACUGAAAGAAUGUCCUUGCUGGAGCAAUCAAGAGGGUUGUCGCACGUGCCGCUGCCACCCGGCGGGCCGUCGAUGAUGGGUCCACAUGGGUUGGACAAUGCGCCCAAUUCUGAUGUUUUAUUGGCGUUGCUUGCAAGAAACAAAGCACUGGAAGCAACCAUACCGAAAUGCGGCGGGUGUCACGAGAUGAUUCUGGAUAGAUUUAUUCUCAAAGUUGCCGACCGGACGUGGCAUGCCAAAUGCUUACAGUGCAGCGACUGUCGUGUGCAGCUUACUGAUAAAUGCUUCGCACGAAACGGCCAGCUUUUCUGCAAAGACGACUUCUAUAAUGGGUGCAGACGAUUCGGCACCAAAUGUGCCGGAUGCGAUUUGGGCAUUCCGCCGACGCAGGUCGUCCGUCGCGCCCAGGACAACGUCUACCAUCUUCAAUGCUUUGCGUGUGCCAUGUGCGCACGUCAGCUGAACACCGGAGAUGAGUAUUACCUGAUGGAGGACCGUAAACUGGUAUGCAAACCAGAUUACGAAGCUGCUAAAAGUAAGGCCGCUGAGUGUCUCGAUGGUGAUCAACCCAAUAAACGGCCAAGGACUACUAUAACUGCGAAACAAUUAGAAACUUUAAAAACAGCGUAUAAUAAUAGUCCGAAGCCAGCGAGGCAUGUCCGAGAGCAACUUAGUCAGGAUACUGGGUUGGAUAUGCGGGUAGUGCAGGUGUGGUUCCAGAAUAGACGUGCGAAAGAGAAGCGUUUGAAGAAGGACGCUGGGAGGACGAGAUGGAGUCAGUACUUUAGGUCUAUGAAAGGAGGCAGUUCACCAAGGCAUGAUAAGUUGUUGGAUAAAGAUGAUAUGAAAGUGGAUUUGGAUAGUUUUAGUCAUCAUGAUUUAAGCGAUGAUAGUUAUGGAACUGUGGUAAAUAUGGGCAUGGAAAACGAUUCGAGUCCGCAUAGUGCCAGAGGUCCUUCGUUUCUUCACGGGGCAGGAUCACCUUCGUACCUUCCAGGACACACUCCACCACAUGGCCAUGAACACUUUCCAUACCCCGAUCAACUCUCAGUCUACGCAUCAAUAGGUCAAGGACAUCCACCUGGAAUGCCUGGUAUGCCACAUGGCCUGCCGCCGGGUGCUGACACGGAUGUGAGCAACGACAGCAGCCCUCGCAACUAUCCCGACUUUCCGCCCAGUCCCGACUCGUGGCUGGGCGAACCCUCAAGCGCCCACUACUGACCCCCUUGCCGAAGUCACCACAACACAGCUGUGAAACGAGCAACUAAAACAACAACGCGUAUUACGAUACGAGUACCAUUCAUCUUUAUUCAUUUAUAUACAAUUAUUUGAAACAAAAAAAAUUAUCAAAAAUUGCAAAGCUCGAAUUUAUGUACAAAUAUUUUCAAACA